GGAUGUGGCCCGGUUUGUUGGUGUCACGAAAGGCGGAACGGGUUUGUCCUCUAUUUUGCUGUCACCCUCCAGUGCAGGACUGUCGGCCUCGGCGGCUGUUUUUCCUCUCAGUUCGGGUCCUGUCCGCUUUAAACGAUGGCUGGUACUUUAGCCCGCAAGGCUGUGGAUCAUCUCCGCAGCAGGGAGUUCCGGGAAUAUCUGAUGAGCACGCAUUUCUGGGGUCCGGUAGCGAACUGGGGGCUGCCCAUUGCUGCGAUCUCUGACAUGAAGAAGAGUCCGGAGAUUAUCAGUGGAAGAAUGACCUUCGCUCUCGUCUGCUACUCGCUGCUGUUCAUGAGGUUCGCCUACAAAGUGCAGCCAAGGAACUGGCUCCUGUUCGCCUGUCACCUCACCAACGAAACGGCACAGCUCAUCCAGGGAGGGAGACUCAUCAAGUACAACAUGGGGAAAAAGGAGGCCAAAUGAUGAGCAGCCAUAGAGCGCGGAGGAUUUCUGGGAUUAACAGGCUCCAUUCAGAUCGCAGCUCUCUGACGCACUGUUUUAACUCAACAUGGAUUAUUCAGACAACACAACACAAUGUUUUACUGAUUAAUGAUGGAAAUACUUAAACAGUUGAUCUCAUACUAAAUGAAUAAUGAACUGAUUCAGGGUAUUCAGCACAGGCUAUCAGACAGGAUGGGAAAAUUGGAAAAUUGGAAAUGGAGUGUACAUAAAAUUAACGGUGUCAAUUUUUAGAGGACUGUUAUGCACAUUUGACCUAAUUUUUGUUUUAUUUUUAAAUGGUACACAUCAAGGGAACGGUGUAUGUAAUUGUCAUUUAAGUAAUUUAUUCCAAACCGUGUUUGUGCAGCGAGUAUCAAAUUGACUUCAGAUCAUACAGUGAAUAAAAGUUGUCCACACUGGCCUGUA